AUGUAUCCCCAUCAUGGUCCCCCGAUGCCUCCUCCGCAGAAGCCGGAGACUUUCAUGCUGUCCAGCGAGGCGCAGCAGAGUCUGCCUCACGAUGCGCAAGUCGCGCUGCAGCAAGUCGAUAACCUGAAAUACUUCCUUCUGUCGGCUCCUGUGGACUGGCAACCCGAUCAAUUCGUUCGACGCUUCUUGCUGCCCACGGGCGAACACAUUUCCUGCGUGCUUUGGAGCAACCUCUUCCACAUCUCAGGAACUGAUAUCGUCAGGUGCCUGGCAUUCCGUUUCACAGCAUUUGGCCGCCCCGUCAAGAACUCGAAAAAGUUCGAAGAAGGCAUCUUUUCCGACUUGCGAAACCUCAAGGCCGGUACCGAUGCUACGCUUGAAGAGCCCAAGAGCCCCUUCCUCGACUUCCUCUACAAGAACAACUGUAUCCGCACACAGAAGAAGCAAAAGGUCUUCUACUGGUAUAGCGUCCCGCACGAUCGUCUCUUCCUCGAUGCCCUUGAACGGGAUUUGAAGAGGGAGAAGAUGGGACAGGAGGCCACCACCGUUGCCGUCAGCGAGCCCGCCUUGUCUUUCGAGUUCGAUUCGUCCCAGUCGCUCUAUGAGCAGCUCACCAAGGCUCAGCAAGCAAAUACUUCUUCGUUUGCUGCACACGCAAGUACGACAUUUGGCCAGCCCACCUCCCCAAUCGUGCGGUCCGUUGACGCUAUGCCUCCUCCUCAGAUGGCUCCCCAGAUGGCUCCCCCGGCGCUGCCUUUCCUACCGGACGAUUCAGCCAACACGGCGAUCUACAAUGCGAUCCCCUUGCCCCCUACGCUAGCCCAGAAUUUCAUCAAGCGUGAGCAGGAUUUCGCUCCCAUCCAGUACGACCGCAACGGGAUGCCCAUCGCCCGCAUGCACCAGCGUCACGCCUCCAUGCCGACCUUUGUCGAGUACUCGCCGGCCCCCUCCUUCGUUUCCUCCCAUUUUGAAGACUACAGCAACCGCGGCCUGUCGUUUGAGCCUGUGACUCCCCCGCAACAUCAUGUGCCCUUGGGACCCGAGCCCGCGUACAUCGCCAAUGAAGACACAGGCCUCUACACGGCCAUCCCGGACAUUUCGUCCGCCCCGUCUUUCAACCCCUUGAUGCAGCUGCCCCCCUCAAACCUGGCCAGCGCCCAUUUCCCGGCCCCAACACGAACGUUCCCCUACUCGGUCAUUGAGGGUUCUCCCACCUAUAAGCAGCGGAGACGCCGCUCUUCGGUCACCCCGGGAGCCGCCAACGCUGCCAUGACCACCCCCCAAACAACAGCCGCUCCCGCCCAGACAAUGGCGUACGCGGCACACAAACCCAGUGACCUGCGGAGAUCCAUGUCGAGCUCGGUGGCUCCCGCUGUGACCGAGGGCGGCAAUGAAUCGCAAACCCAGCGCGCCACAGCGAGCUACCCAGCGGUUCUUCCGCAGAAGGACUUGUUACAGGAAAUUUCCCGUCAUGGUACCCCGCUCUCCAACCUUGAGGAAACCACCAGCCAAAAUGCUCUGUCCCUGAAUAACGUCCAGGAUGACCUGGCGGCUUUCCCGACCGAUGAGACAGUUGACGCCGCUGUGCAGAACAGCGCAACCAAUAAGGCCGAGCGAUAUGUUCCGGGCCCGGUCCGCCGUGCCCGAAGCGCUACCAUGAUGGAGCUGGGACCCUAUCCGCAAAAAUCCCACUCGUGUCCAAUUCCAUCGUGUGGACGACUCUUCAAGAGAUUAGAGCACUUGAAGCGACAUGUUCGAACGCACACCCAAGAGCGACCAUACCCUUGCCCUUACUGCAACAAGGCAUUCUCGCGAUCGGACAACCUUGCACAACAUCGUCGGAUCCACGAGGCUCAGCAAGAUGGUCAGCCGCCGCUGUCAACCCAUGAGGAAGAAUUGGAGAACGAGGAGAAUGAAUUCGGCUCGCCGGACGAGGACUUAUCACCGCAAGAUACUUCAAUUCCGACAUCCAUGAUGAACAUGACCACUAUGACCUCCAUGCCGACCACCAUGGCCACCACAAUGAGCAUGUCACCUAUGCAUACUAUGGUUGCUCCGAAUAUGAUUGCGCCUCAGCUCUUGCAGCAGCAGAUAUGA